GAGAGGUGUAUCAUGAUAGUCAGAGCUAUCGAUCAAAUACCCCGUAGCUGCUAAUCUAGAACCCGUCAGGGAGCAUCCAGCAGAGAUGGCGGGCCGCGGGAGGUGAUCGCCGCUUCGGUCUCCAUGGACAACAGACGUCUACAUUCAUAGCGCCGUUUGCUGUCGUCAGCUGAAACUGUUAGCAUCGAGAUGCUAGCCGAAGCUAGUUAGCCGACGAAUAGCAAGUCGCUAAACAGACAGAAGAUAUGCGUGUUUAUGCAGCUCACAGCGGCGUUAAACUGACUGUCAAUGGUUAAAACACGAUAUUUAGCAUCGACUCAGCCGCUAAUUUAGGACAACCAUUUCAGGGAGCUAACACUUGGUUGGCUAAGCUAGCAGGAUGGAGAGCCGCCGUGGAUGUGUGUUGUUGCUGGCCACUGGGCUUUUUCUGUCGGCGUUCUGGCUGUCUGAAGGUGCCCCUUUUCAGUAUCCCCACAAACCAGGUGCGAGUGCAGGGGACGCGGUGUCUGUGUCGCUGUACCUGUCCCUGGUGGUGUCCCUGGCGGUGCUGGUGGCCCUGGUGGUGCUGCUGGUGAACUGUGUGACCUGCUGUAAGGAGAGGGAGAUCAACUUCAAGGAGUUUGAAGACCACUUUGAUGAUGAGAUCGACUUCACGCCGCCAGCAGAGGACACGCCGUCUAUGCAGUCGCCAGCUGAGGUGUACACCCUCGCUGUGUCCCCCGUGGCCCUGCCCGGACCCCCACACCUCCAACCCCCCGCCCGCCUCACAGACGGAUCCACAGGCUUCCAGGUAGCACGUCACAGUCUGAGCUACAUCCAGGAGAUCGGCAACGGCUGGUUUGGACAGGUCCUUCUGAGUGAAAUCUACACAGACCCGGGUGGAACCAGAGUGGUGGUGAAGGAGCUAAAGGCUAAUGCAAGUGCCAAGGAACAGAAUGACUUCCUGCAGCAGGGGGAUCCGUACAGAGUGCUGCAGCACCCAAACAUCCUCCAGUGCCUCGGACAGUGUGUCGAGGCUAUCCCCUUCCUGCUCGUUUUUGAGUACUGUGAAAUGGGCGAUCUGCGGGGCUACCUGUCUCAGCAGGAUUGGAUGUUCAGGAACGCUGAGUUGCUGCAGCUGCAGAGGAUGGCCUGUGAAAUUGCUGCUGGUGUCACUCACCUUCACAAACACAACUUCCUGCACAGUGAUCUGGCUCUGAGGAACUGCUACCUGACGGCAGAUCUUACAGUCAAAGUGGGAGACUAUGGCAUCGGACCCUACAGAUACAAGGAGGAUUACAUCAUCACAGAGGAUGAUGUGUUCGCGCCCCUGCGCUGGCUGGCUCCUGAGCUGGUGGGCGAACGUCAUGGGGGAGUGAUUACGAUGGAGCAGACCAAGCCCAGCAAUGUGUGGGCCUUGGGGGUCACACUGUGGGAGCUCUUCGAGAACACUGCUCAGCCAUACCCACAUCUGUCCGACCGGGAGGUUCUCAAUCACGUCAUCAAGGAGCAACAGGUCAAGCUGUUUAAGCCGCAGCUGGAGCUCCCGUACUCUGACAGAUGGUACGAGGUCUUGCAGUUCUGCUGGCUGUCCCCAGACAAGCGGGCCACAGCAGAGGAAGUGCACCGUCUGCUCAUCUAUCUGCGCAUGCAAGGCCAGAAGGACAUAGAAGAAGACUUUGAGCAGCGCUGGGAUGCUCUGAAGCCCAACCCCUCCACUCGGCAGACCACUGUCAGCCAUUCCUCCUUCCCAAUCCUGGAGCAGUUUGCUGAUGACGCCCUGCGACAAGAGAUCGAUGAAGUCCUGACUGUCACCGAAACAAGCAAAGGGCUCAGCUUUGAGUAUGUGUGGGAGGCGGCCAAACACGACCACUACGAUGGCAACCACGGGCGCUCCGGGAUGGACACCACGCUGAACUACCACAGCAUGUUCUUCCCUGUUUCCAGUGAAGACAUCCAGGCCCAUUUCCCUGAUCCUUUGACCAGAGCAGCAGGGGCAGAAAGUGGCAACACUCCUUCAGGAAUUCCUGGGAUUGUUCCAGUGUUUGAUGCACAGAAGCCAUCCAAUGGGAAUGAAUAUUAUAUCCAGCUAGAAGAACAGGGGGAGAGCACUGUUGGGGACGAUGGCAAUAGAGGACAAGACAUGGGCUUUAGCUCAAGCCGCCAAGACUUUGUUGUUCUCCAAGAUGUCCGUCUGGAUGAGUCGAGUACAGAUGCCGACUUUUUCCACCAAAGUAUUGACUCCAAGGAUUCAUAUUUACCAGACAGCCACAUCUGGUCGUCUCUGGAGAACGACAGUCCAUAUCACACGAAUAUUUUCAACGAAGGGGGGUCCAGGCAGGACGACUCUCCCUCCUGGAGACAAGGUUUUAUGGAGCUUCCAGAGCGUAACGGGAACCCUUUCCAUGAAAGUGGCCCUGUUGAGGUCCAGGAGGGGAACAGAGAUGAGAGCUAUGGGGAUUCUUUUUUAGGGGAGGCCACUCACCCGGCCGUGUCUGUGGAAGUGAUGGGGGAGAACACAGACGUAAAGAGGCUUCUGACUACUGAAAAGCUUGCUGAUAACUUUAUGUUUCUCAGAGACCAGAGUCUGAUGAAAGAGGGCUCCAGUUUCUCAAGUCUACACCAGAAUUUUCUUUUACCUGGCAUAGUCCACGAACCUGAAGACGCAUUCAAAAUGAAUUCUUGGAACAACCUUGAGAAUUCAGGCAGCUUAAACACAGCAGAUGCUUAUUUACAACCUGCAGCAAGUAGCACAUCUUCAAGACAUGAACUUUUAGAUUCUCCAAGCACCAGCUUGGGGGAGUUAUACCUGGUAGGAAACGAAACACUGGUGCCUUCCAUUACAGUGGUCUCAGAAGACAACACAAGCAAUCAGCUGCCAGUUAGAAAUAGUUCUUCCACCGAAGACCUUGGUCUGCUGCAAUCCUCGGACAGAGGUGUGGACUCUGGUUUUGAUUCUACCUCAGAGAGGCUCGAGGUUCUGAUUAGUCACGCUGAUGGCCACGCCCCUGCUUUCUCUGACAGUGCCACGACAGACUCAAUGUGCACAGAUGCCAAAAUUCCCAACCUUGAAGAUGACCUUGGAACCUCAAAGGAUAGUGCUCAGACGAUAAGAAGUGAAAUCCCUGAAAACCCACAAGCUCCAGUGUUGUCUUCAGACAACGGACACAGUGAAGACCUAACGAGUAACGAUCUGCUGAGCGAGCUGAUUGAAGACGCAGACAUAGAACUGGAGACCACGCUGUCUGAUCACGAGGAGGCUUUUAUGGACACUAACGGGCGUCCUGUUGUCAGAUCUUCUCUCCUGGUAUCUGGUCCAUCUUUGGACCAGAUCAGCCAGGACAGUUUACUGGAGGACAGUAUGUCCACCACGGUUCCAACUGUGGACAACUCGGCUGAAACCCCAGAUUCUCUAGACUCUCUGGACAUACACCGGCUCGGAGAACAAGGACUGGAGCUGAAUGCUCAGGUAGCCCAGCACAAACUCCAGCCUCCAUACAAGAUCUCUGACAGCGGGUAUGAGACGGAGAACCUGGAGUCUCCUGAGUGGAACUCUCAGCAAACUGUCAACGACUGCUCCCCAGUAAAGAAUGGCUUGAGUGUUACCAAAGAAGAAGACACAGAAGAGCUCACAGCUGCAACCAGCCUGGUUCCACCAAAAAUCAUCAUCUCAGAAGUGGAGGGUGUGCCGGAUGCUCAGAGCGAGGAACCCAGUGAGGACCAGCAGCCAGCUGAUGUAGCUCCUCCUGAGGAACCACUGAUGGGCAGUAAUUACAGAGACUCUGCCUACUUCUCUGACAAUGAGUCAGAACCUGAGAAGAAGUCUGAAGAAGCAGCUGCGGGAAGUUCUGUCGAAGUCACGUGGUUGAGGAACUCUGCUGAUCUGGUCCAAGGGGCGUCUGGAGGUCCAGCACUGCAAGUUUACAAGGAAAAAGAUAUCGAUUCUUUAUUCUCUCAGCAAGAGUCUUCUGUAUCUGCUGAAGCACAGCCUGCUGCUGGAGAAACACCUGAUGCUCAUGUUGGGGACACACAUCCAGAAGUGGAUUCAGAACUCACACAGAACCGUGAGACUGAGGCGGCAGAGUCUAUCAACAGCCAUAUCGAAGAUGGAAAUAAACCAGAGCUUUUCAAGGACGCAACAUUUCUGGAGCAGUCAGAAGAUCUGACACCCUCAACAGCUGCUCCUGCUGCCCCAUCAGAACCAGCUCCAGGGAGCGCAGUCCACGCUAAACUAGUCAGGACUUACGCCAGCGACGGUCAUAAAAUAAAGGAGCCGGAUGUGGAGGGCCGGUACCUGGGGAGGCGGGAUGGUUCCGGUCUGGAUGGACAGGAGGACGACGUGGACGCAGACGAGGAGGAUGAGAACAGCGACGACUCUGACGACGACAUCCGAGCGUACCAGAUGCACAGCUCCAGCUCUGAGAGCGAGGACGAGGCGGUGCACACGGUGCCGCUGAUCAUCUCAGACGACAGCAGCGCCAAGAACCUGAAGAGCUUAUUGAAGCCCACAGCGCUGAACAUUGAGGCUUCAUCGUCGCCGUUUUCAACGAGGGGCGGCGCAGACAACUCCAGAAGAGCCGUGUCCUUCUUCGACGAUGUCACCGUCUACCUGUUUGACCAGGAGACUCCCACUAAGGAGCUGGGCGACCACUCCUCAGGCUCCAACAGUCAGGUGCCAGAGUUCAGCAGCCCCGUGCCCACUGCCAGCUACCUGAACCGCUUCACCAACUCUGAGAGCUCAACAGAUGAAGAAGGUGGUGGUUUUGAGUGGGACGAUGACUUCUCCUCCCCUUCACCUGCAUUCCUGUCCAAGGCGGAUAAAGCCCCGGUGUCUAAGGCCAUGUCCUCCUCUGCAGCGUCGUCCUUCUCCUCUCCGGCUCCUGCAGUAGGACGAGUGCUGGAGCCCAGCUGGAGCAGCUCCUCCAGCUACUCGCGCUUCUCCAUCUCACCGGCCAGCAUCGCCAGCUUCUCGCUGACACACCUCACCGACUCUGACAUCGAACAAGGAGGAAGCAGUGAAGACGGAGAAAAGGACUAGUGCGCUAACCGAAGCGACCGUUGAUCGUCACGCCACUGAGAUACGAAGCUAAACUCGUGCUCUUUGAAUCGACUGAAUACGGACAGAUGACGAAAACUGUGGAUGCUUCUCUCAGGCAGAACUGUUCUCGGUGGGUUUGACCACCAGAGCAAAGACUGUAAACUGACUUUCAGCAAAUAAGACGGACGAGGCCCAGUCUGAGCCGCUCCACCUCUCCAGCUCCACCCGUGUGUGAUCUUCAGUUCAGUGCAAUUACAAUUUGGAAAAAAGAAAAAAAAAGAAACAAAACCGUGCGAGCUUCUAAAUGUUUGCUUUAAAGACUCAUCAUGCGUGUUCCAGGUGUUUGGCUGCUUCUUUUCAGUGUGUGUCCAAGUGCACUCCUUUUCCAGGACUUUUGCUUCACCAAAAAACUCAAAAGUUAAAAAAGAAAACACUUUAUGUUCUGAGUUCAACACGCUGGCCGAGCAAACGUGUCACUACAGCCAAACAGCAGUCGGCUCUGGUUCACCAGACCUGAACCUGAAGCUUCAUCUGUAACAUUCUUAAUUUCUCUCCUUCAUGUUGUGCGAUUAUUUCAGUGGUUGCCUUUUUUGUUUUUUGUAACUUCAUGUUGAGUUUAAUCACAGUCUCCUACUGGGAGAGAAACUGCGUGUGGAAUCCUUCUGUAGCAGCAUUUAGACAGAGAUGGUUGGCUGUGGAGGCACCAUGUAUGCAUGGGAUGAUCAGAAGACGUACAAUCCCUCAUCUGCAGGGGCGACACACUCGAUGUUCCUUUGUCUAUGUGUGGAAGGAACAUUCACAGUAAGCUGAGUCUUAUUUUUGAGACGAGGAUAAUCGUCCUCCCAGGGCGCUCCAACUGUAAGACAGUUGUGAGGACAAACUGAAAAACAAGUUGUUGAUUUUGUAAAGCUUUAUUUUAUCCUCUGACGUGUGCAGGACGUUGCUGGGAGGGUUCGGCCGCCCCGUGGUGCCCGGUCAUGCUGUAAAGACAGCUGCACUCCUCUUAUCACUACAAAACUUCAAAUCAGGCGUUGAGCAGGAUUGUGUUUAAAAAAGAAAAAAAAAAGAAAAGAAAAGUGGGAGAUUUUAUUUUUAAAUGUCAGGAUGAAGAAGACGUCUCGAGCUGUCUGUAAACAAAUGUGCAAUGAAUUGAAUGAAUUAGUUUGAUUGGUUGGUGGACGACCCGGUGGUGGAUCUCCGGUACCGUGCAGGGACUCUAAGCGUCACACGAACUCACUACUAGAACAAAACCACUGCUGCUUUUAUAAACUUGAGUGUCAUGGACAGAGUUGUUUGCCUUUUUUGUUUUGUUUUUUUAAACUUUGUGUCAAACAGAUUUCCCUCUGAAACGACGUCUGUCCGGCUGCAGUCGAGCAUUUCAUGGUACGGUCGGAGGCCGUACGGCGUCUGGACGGGGCGUGUCCUGAUCAGUUCCUGUACAGAAGCAGAACGGUCACAGAUCAAGACGUGUUCGUGUACAGCUUUAAAUCAGUCAUCUGGAACUGUAGCUUAUACAGUUACUGUUUGGAUCUUUUCAUUGACUCAGACUCAGAUGUUGUGUCUCUGAGCAGCUGUACCUCCCCUGCAGUAGAUAGGAGUCCAUCUCACCGCCCCAACAGAACCACUGUAUGUUGAAACCAGCAGCCUGUGCUUCAGUUAAACUUGAACAUCUAUUUAAGGAAGUCUCGUUUUAUUUGACUACAGUAUACAUUUGCUUAAUCUUGCACAUUUGAGAAAUGUAACUUAAUGUUGAACUGUACUGAUGUAUAUAAAUGUUGAUUAUUUUUCUUUUGUUUCGGUCUGUAAAUGGGAACUGAUGUAACUGAGUUCUAGGUAUGAGGUUUCAUUUUGUUAACUUAAAGCUGAGUUAAAUCAGAGGAACAUAUCAUCACAGUCAUCAGCUUCAAGCAGUUAAAUUAAAAACACAAGAGCAGAUGUGGAUUCAUUCUGUCCUUUAAACUUGUAGAUUUUAAAAAAAUAUUUUUACUUCAUAUUGAUCAUGCUUAGUGUAAUUGAAUGAAAUGUUUAUAAUUACACUGUUUAAUAUGAAAAUAAAUGCAAAUGAACUUCUAAUGAA